CUGGUUAUGGCGCGUACGAAGCAGACUGCGCGUAAGUCCACGGGCGGGAAGGCUCCCCGCAAGCAGCUGGCCACCAAGGCGGCCCGCAAGAGCGCGCCGGCCACGGGCGGCGUGAAGAAGCCGCAUCGGUACCGUCCCGGCACGGUGGCGCUGCGCGAGAUCCGGCGCUACCAGAAGUCGACGGAGCUGCUGAUCCGCAAGCUGCCCUUCCAGCGCCUGGUGCGUGAGAUAGCGCAGGACUUCAAGACUGAUCUGCGCUUCCAGAGCUCUGCUGUGAUGGCGCUGCAGGAGGCGAGCGAGGCCUACCUGGUGGGGCUCUUCGAGGACACCAACCUGUGUGCCAUCCACGCUAAGCGUGUCACCAUCAUGCCCAAGGAUAUCCAGCUGGCGCGGCGCAUACGUGGCGAACGCGCGUAG